UUUUUUUUUACUGCCGUUCACCGUCUUUUGUCCUCGUCCUUGUUCUCACAUGGAUUCGCCUCAUCCCAGCGACACCCCUGCGCAAGAGUCCAACCAAUCUUCCAGGAUCAACUCUGCAGAGACCACCCCCUCUGUCAGUACGCCACAGCUACAGGGAGCUACUAAUGGAGCGGAUGCCUCAUCCUCUUCGUCUUCUGAUCCAAGCAAAAAGCCAGAGCUGACGGGUACUCUGGAGCAGCAGAUCGCUGAAGACCCCUAUGAUGCCGAUGCCUGGCUCACGUUACUGAAUGAAGCUGAGAGGGAAGGCGAGAUCACCAGGGUCAGGGAUGUGUAUGAACGGUUUCUCAAGGUCUAUCCGACGUCGUCUAGGUAUUGGAUUCAGUAUGCCGAGUUUGAGCUCAAGCACCAUCAUUUUACCGAGGUCGAGGCUAUCUUUCAGCGCUGUCUCAGGUCUGUACUCUCAGUAGACCUCUGGAAGUACUACCUGAAUUACAUCCGCCGUAUCAAUGCUGGCCCUGAAUCCAAGGAUAUCAUCACAAAGGCUUACGAUUUUGUGCUGCAGCAUGUUGGACUCGACCGGGAUUCUGGACCCAUCUGGAGUGAUUAUCUGUUCUUUCUAAAGUCUGGACAGGCACAAAAUACAUGGGAGGAGCAGCAAAAGAUGGACGCCAUGCGUCGUGUUUUUCAAAAGGCCGUCUGCAUUCCGCUCAACAAUGUCGAAAACAUUUGGAGAGACUAUGAUGCAUUUGAGAACGGACUUAACAAGUUGACAGCAAAAAAGUUCUUGCAGGAACGGUCGGCAGGGUAUAUGACAGCGCGUAUGAUGUGGAAAGAGCUCAGGAAGCUCACAGACGGAAUCAACAAAAACCUGCUGCCCCGCCCUGUCAAGUGGACAGAACGUGAACUGCAUCAAUUGGAGCAGUGGAAGCGAUACAUUCGAUGGGAGAGAUCCAACCCGCUUAACCUUGAAGAUCCUACAGCGCUCUCAGCUCGUGUGGCAUGGACAUACAAGCAGGCGCUGUUGUCGAUGAGGUUUUAUCCAGAGAUCUGGUUCGAGGCAGCGACGUAUUUCCAUGAGAUAGGACGCACGGACGAGGCAGUGGCGCUUUUGAAGAGCGCCUGCGAGAUUAUGCCGACCAGCUUCUUGCUCCACUUUGCACAUGCGGAGAUGGAAGAGAACCGUAAGAACUUCAAAGCGAGCCGGGCUGUUUUCGAGACAUUGGUCAAGAAUCUCACGGACAGGAUCGAUGACAUGAACAAGCGAGUAGACGAGGAGGUCAAUGCUGCCAAGGCGGCGUUGCAAGCAGAACAACAGCUUCUGGACGGCGGAUCCACUUCCAACAAAAAGGUCCGUGAUAUUGAGGAGGUCGAUGGAGAGAUGCGUGAGCGGGAACGCGAUGAGCUCAAGAAGCGGACCAAGGAACUGGCACAGUACGAGAAGCUAGCCAGGAAGGAAGUUGAGGAGAUGAUCAAGGGCUGCGGGUUGGCAUGGAUCAUGUUCAUGCAAUUUGUCCGCCGAACCGAGGGAACCUCACAGUGGCGACAGAUUUUUGGCCGUGCACGUCGUUCGAACGGAUGUCCCUACCAGGUGUACAUUGCAGCUGCAUUGAUGGAGUACCACUGCACUAAGGAUUCGUCGAUUGCGGGCAAAGUCUUUGAGCUUGGAUACAAAUCUUUCGGCGAUGAAGCUGCCUAUGUGGACCAAUAUCUCGAGUUUUUAAUUCAGCUCAACGAUGAUAGCAACGCAAGAGCACUCUUCGAACGUGCACUCAUCAACAUUUCACCCGAGAAGGCUCGUCCACUCUGGGAGAAGUUUUCGGAGUACGAGAACAAGUAUGGCGAUCAGGGUGCCAUCACAAAGGUCGAAAAGAGGCGACGGGAAGUCUACCCGGAUGAUUCUGUGCUCGAGAGGUUUGCGGCUAGAUACAGCUACAAUGACCUUAAGGUCAUCGAGGAGAUGGAUAUGGGUCUUAGCAUCCGCAAGAAUAUUCACGUACCAGCGUUGACGGACUUCUCGAGUGACUUCCCUCCUCCUCCGCCUGUAAACUUGGACGAUGCGGCUCGUCCUGGGCGUCGACCUUUGAUGGAGCCCGUUUAUCCUGACCUGUACCCACGACCCGAUUUUGCAAUGUGGAACAGCUACAGGGUCUAUCCAGAGAUGAUUCGCAAACCUGCGCCUUCAGGAUCUUCCCGUGGAGGCGAUAACAUUAGCUCUCGGCCAAGCGACAUGGAUACGGUGCCGCAUUCGCAAUCUCAUGGAGGAGACAGAGAUCGAGAUCGAGAUCGCGAAGGACACGAUGUUGAGAUGAGAGAUGCUCCAGGACCAGGACCUGGACCUGGGUUCGCUCCCAAACCCCCUUUGCCGCCACACAUGCCUCAGGUCAUGGUACCGCCAUCGAAUCAGCAAGGCACUCCAGCACAACAACCAACACAGCAACCACAGCAGCAGCCACCAGGGCCAUUGACUGUUCCUGGAUGGACCGCAGGCCCUCAUGGAUUGAUCCCAGACGCGUUGGCCUUUUUCCUUUCGAACUUGCCUCCGUCAUUAGGUUUCAAUGGCCCAGUCUUGGCACCACAAGACAUUUUGGAUCUUGUUAGAGCUGCGCAGAUUCCAGCAGGACAUGCGAUGAUCAUCCCUCCGCCUGUUCCUGGCCCUCCAGUACCUACGCAAUCAACAGUUGGAUCCGGCCACGGUCCACACGGUGGACAUCUAGACAGUAGUCAUCGUGAUGGUGGUGUUCGAGGACCACCAGGUCGUGAUAUGGGUAACAGUGGCUAUCGCGGUGAUAGAGAUCGUGAAUUUUAUAACAGGGACCGUGAUCGUGAUGGAAGAGAGGGGCGUGGCGAUCGUGGUGGUCGUGGAGACCGAGGUGGGUUUAGGCCUCGGGGAGCGGUUGGCGGUGGUGGGCGUGGCGGUGGGAUGAAGAGAAAAGGACGAGAUUAUGAGGAUGAUGCAGGCGGCGGUGGUGGAGGAGGAGGGGACUUCAGAGGCCAUAAUAUGCCUGGAGUCAAUCGUCCGCCGGAGUACGACCUGUUUAGGUCGCGCCAGCAGCGCAAGGCCAAUAUGGAGUAGUUGUGUACUAUUUUAAUGUUCUUUAGAAAAUAAAUCAAGUCAAG